UUCUGGUAGCGUUUUUAGAAUCAUAUUCAAGUCACGGAUUGGAUUCGGAUCAGUUUGAUUUGAACUUUCGCAAAUGUAACCCGUUUUGGGAAAGCUGUGCUAUGAGAUAAAGUUUUCAGUGGAUUAUUACAGAUAAAUUGAGUUGUUUAAUCAGUGGAUAUGAGACACCUGGCAUUGCUCCUAGCCGCUGUCGCACUUGCUACCUCAGCACAGUGCAUGCUCAUUCCUCAAGAUAUCGAAAUUCUCGAUGGCUAUGAAUUCGAUGGGCCACCAGAAAUCUACCCAGAUGAAACCUACUUCGAAGCAAAAGCACUCGCCGAUUCACUUCUCUUAAAAGCCAUUCGAAAUAAGAGAUCAUACCAUGUCCUGCAAUCACCCGGCUUACAUAGUCACUUCCAAAUAGAUCCGAUCGAGCCUGUGAAGUCACAAAAGGAUGCUGAUCACCUUCAAAGCAAAGUUCGAUUACCACGCUCUAUCGAUGACUCUCAAUCGCGAACAAUCGACACCAUUGAGGAGGCAGAAAAUGAAACUCCUCCCAGUCUUCCAACUCCAGAAAAACAGGUUAUGAAUUCGGAAUAUUACUCAAAAGGAAAUUGGAAUGUUCAGACUUUUAACACUGAUUACAAUAACCAGAAAUCAGAGACUGAUGACAUCGAUUCAGUUCCAGAUGCUACUAUCAAUGAUGCAAUUAAAAGUCGCCAGCCAAGAGUCAAUUUUAUAACACAACCAAAAAAGGACAUGAACAUAGAGGACAGAAACAGGGAGAGACUUACGAACUUUUUAACGAAACCCCCUGCUGCAACACCAAUGAAGUCACGAUAUGAAAAGGGAGAUAAUAGGGGAGCAGAAAGUUAUCCUUCAAGAUCGUACGAUCAGUAUUUGAGACGAUAUGAUAGAUACGAUGAAGAUUACAACAAUUACUAUAAACGGUACGAUCCCUAUGAAGACUAUCACCUCUACCGUAGACGUUACGACCCGUAUGAUAGCUACAGCCCUCGUACCCCUUCACAUCCUGAAGAUUACUACUAUUUUCCCGAUCGACGUUACGAUCUCCCAGAACCUCGAGAUUAUCGACCAGUUUAUUCCAAUGAUGUCUAUGAUCGGUCUUUUACCCCACAUUAUGAAGAUCAAGCGGUUCGCAGACGUAAUCGUAUCAUUUACUACGCUCACUUGCCCGAAGUUGUUCGAGCUCCGCCUACUGUCGAUUUAACAUAUCGACAUGGACGUGAUCAUCGAUUCGAUAGUUAUUAUCCUCCUUUGAGUAAUUAUCAGGCGGCUGCAAGCACGAAUCAUGCCCGUGGCACAGACUAUGUUAAAAGGGAGAAAAAGGAUUUUCGUCCCAUCGAGACAGGGGUCAAGCCUGGGGCGAAAACUGAAACCGGUCGAGAAUGAGUUUUGCAUGAACUCAGAGGUACUCAAAAAAUUAAUAACCCUUUAGCGUUAGUUUUGUCUACUAAUAACGACUAAAUUUAGUUUAAGUUAGAACUGUAAAGUGAGAAUAAAAUAUUUUUAUUAUUAGCAUUGG